CUCCCACAUCCCGGUCGGCCAUGCCCUUUGCGCCCUUCACACCUACAGCCUCGGCGCGCGUGGCUGCAGCACGGCCCAGUCACCAGCCUGGCCGCAGUCUCGACUACCCCUCGGCUGAGGCUGGGCCCUCGUCUCGUCCCGCCGCCGCGCCGGGCGCCAUCCAGGCCAUCCCGCGCAGCGAUGUGCACCGCAUCACCAGCGGACAGGUCGUGCUGGACCUGCAGGGCGCGGUCAAGGAGCUGGUGGAGAACGCGCUGGAUGCGGGCGCCUCGAACAUCGAGGUGCGGUUCAGGGACUACGGCGCAGAGGCCAUCGAGGUCGUCGACAACGGCAGCGGCAUCGCGCCGGAGAACUAUGCCGGAGUCGCACUCAAGCACCACACGAGCAAGCUGUCGUCCUUCGACGACCUCGCUGGCGUGCGCACAUUUGGCUUCCGCGGCGAGGCACUCUCCAGUCUCUGCGCUCUCGGCAAGGUGCAGAUCAUCACUGCCACGAAAGAGGACGCGCCGAUGGGCACUGUGCUGGAACUGGGUCCAGACGGGCAGGUGUCAAGCAGCGACGGCAAGGCAGCGCGGCAGCGCGGCACGACUGUCGUCGUCGAGGGGCUCUUCCACUCGCUGCCAGUCCGCCGACGCGAAUUCGAGAAGAAUUUGAAGCGCGAGUAUGGCAAGGCGCAGGCGCUGUUGCAGGCGUAUGCCUUGAUCAGCAAGGGCGUCAGGUGGAGCGCAAGCAACACGCCGAAAGGCGGACGCAAAGCAGCUUCGCUCUCGGUCGUCUCUGCCUCGGGUCCGAAGUAUCUUGGCGCCAACGCCACGGCUCUGUUCGGGCCUCGCGUAGCGAACACGCUCGAUCCGUUCGAGCUCACCCUCGAGCUGCCGCGGGCGCGGGCUCGCGUCGCACAGACUCAGCCUCGGCCGCCCAAGCGUCGCCGUCUAAACGCAGCAUCGAGUGAUGCAGGCACAGACAGCGACGAUGAGCGCGACGCUGUGCCGGCCGACGAUGCGGCGGAGGAGAGCGACAGCGAGCCAGGCGAGUCGUUCCGCGUCAGCGGACUGAUCUCGCGGCCCGAACACGGCUGUGGCCGCUCCUCGACCGACAAGCUCUUUCUCUACCUCAACGGGCGGCCAUGGGACAACACGCGCCUGACGCGGGCAUUUGCUGAAGUCUACCGCACAUUCACCGGCCAGCAGCCCAUGGUCGUGGCGGACUUUCACAUCGACGGCAAUCGCUACGACGUGAACGUAAGCCCCGAUAAGCGGACGAUGCUGGUGCACGACGAGGCGGCCAUCGUUGAACAGCUGAAGAUCCAGCUCGAGGCUCUCUUCUCGCCGUCGCGCGGGACGUUUGCCAUUGCGGGCGCCCUCGGGGCUCCCAGCAGAGCAGCAGCCCAGUCAAAGCUGGCAUUCGCGGCCACGACCAAGUCGUACGCGGCCCUCGUGCGUCCGCAAGAAGACGCUUCGGCGGCAGCUGCGUCGGAUGCUGAGAUGGAGGAGGCCGGCGAGGCUCAAGCCGAAACGCCAGCGCCUGCAAGUCCGGCUCCACCAUCUCCGACGCUCGGUGCGAGUCGAGCCAGAGCGGACUCUGCUGCGUCCAACGAGUCCGCAAGCGACCCGAGCAGCGACUUGCCCACUGCGUCUGCGCUCUGGCGAUCGGUAGUCCGACCCGUGCGGCCCGAGGGCGGCAGCGUUGCCGCCCCACACUGUGCAGUCGCUGCGCUGGAGCAGCCCACCUCCGAGCAGGGAGACGACGAAGCACAAGCUCCUCCGUCGCCAGGCUCGAGCCAGCCGGACGUCGUGAUGGCAUCCGAGCCGCGACGCGCCAGCUCCCCGCCGAAUGAGCCAGUGCUGGACACGACUAGGGCCUCGUGGUCGCCAGUCCGGCGGACAGUUCGAGCCGAUGACGCUCCAUCCCGACGAGAUAACCUUGCUGCAGGCAGAGCAAAGUCACCGAUUACGCAAGUGCGGCUGACGGCGCCGUCCGUCUCGUCUGCCGCGCUGCGCUCGCAGCUGGCGGACUCGCUGCGUGGCUUCGCCAGGCCCGGCACUCAAGUCGGAGCAUUGCAUGCCGAGGCCACCGAGGCGGAGCUCGAGUAUCGCGAGAGCAUGCCGCCCAGCAGCGAGGACGACGAAGAGCAUGCCGAGGCGGCGGCGGCGCCAAAUGCAGCGAGCGAGCAGCAGCAAGUGACAGAGGAGAUUCUUGCUGUCGAUGUAGACGAGGACGAGGAUGCGGCGGAGCGUGGUCGACACCUGGCAGCGCUGGAGGAAGCUGCCGAACAGCCUGCUGUGCCGACAGCAGCACGCGCGUGGCGGGAUGAGAUGCCGAACGUCGAUGCGGCAUCGGCCGAAGACGAGACGCCGCUUCCGUUCGAUCUCGACGUGCUGCGAGCGCGCGUACAGAGCAAGGCGAGGCGUCUGGCAAACGUCCGGGCCAGAGACGCAGCGAGCGAGCGCGAUGCGGCCAAGCGCAUCACGGGCGCCGGCAUUGCAGCACAGGAUGCCGGACAAGUCGAGAGGGAGCUGAGCCGCGUCAUCAGCAAGCGCGACUUCACCAGCAUGACGGUCGCCGGCCAGUUCAACCUCGGCUUCAUCAUUGCGCGCCGGCGGCCGGCCAUGACAGACGCCGACACGACCGACGGAGACCUGGCCGGCCAGAUGGACGACCUCUUCAUCGUCGACCAGCACGCCGCGGACGAGAAGUACAACUUCGAGAUGCUGCAGCGCGAGACUAAGAUCCGCUCGCAGCAGCUCAUCAGUCCACGCACGCUCGAACUGUCGCCUUCCGACGAGCUCGUUGCGGCAGAGCACGUCGAGACGCUGCGCGCAAACGGCUUUGACAUCGUCGUCGACGACGAGUCACCGCCCGGCUCGCGUGUCAAGCUGCUCUCGCAGCCCGUCAGCGCCAAGAUCGUCUUUGGCGUGCGAGACCUCGAGGAGCUACUGCAUCUGCUGCGCGACGUGGCCCCCGCCGUGGCGGGCGAGAUCCGCUGCUCCAAGGUGCGCGCCAUGCACGCCUCGCGCGCCUGUCGGCGCUCCGUCAUGGUCGGCACGGCGCUGUCGGCGCGGCAGAUGAGCAAGAUUCUGCUGCACUUUAGCACGCUCGACCAGCCUUGGAACUGCCCGCAUGGCCGUCCGACGCUCCGGCACCUCGCCGAUCUGCGCACCGUCAAGACUGCAGCGCGCGACAGCACCGGCGCGCAGCGCUUUGCGCAGCGGCCCGUCGACUGGAGCGUGCUUGGCAGCCUCAGCUAG